GAACGUGUGCAGAAAUCAUUUCCACAUCCAAUUGACAAAUGGGCCAUAGCCGAUGCUCAAUCAGCCAUAGAAAAACGUAAACGUAGAAAUCCUCUUUUGUUGCCUGUUGACAAAAUUCACCCUCUUCUAAAGGAGGUUCUUGGUUACAAAGUCGACCAUCAAGUUUCUGUUUACAUUGUUGCAGUAUUGGAGUACAUAUCUGCUGACAUACUUAAGCUAGCAGGCAAUUAUGUACGAAACAUACGGCACUAUGAAAUCACCCAACAAGACAUUAAAGUGGCUAUGUGUGCUGAUAAGGUACUAAUGGAUAUGUUUCAUCAAGAUGAGGAAGAUCUAGGUGUGAUUGAAGAGGAACCUAUUACCACUGGCGAGCAAACGUAUUAUGAUUUAGUGAAGAUGUACAUGUCUGAGAUUCGGCAGUAUCUAAGGGAAUUGAAUCUCAUCAUCAAAGUCUUCAGAGAACCUUUUGUAUCAGAUGUUAAGCUGUUUUCUGCAAAUGUAAGUUGAAA